CUGUACCAUGCUCUGCAGCUGGAGACCAUGUUCAACGUCAACACAUUCCUCAACACAACCGUGUUUAACAAGGACCUGGUGAAGGUGUUAGAAGGUGUGAGCAUCGACCUCCAGAGUAUGGUGUUACUGGAGCAGGAUGGAAGAGAUAACCUGCUAACCUUCUCUACCGCUGGGAUAGGAGAUAUUAGCUAUGAUGCUUACCUGGCAGAGGUGAAUAAAGGUGUGACUCUGGUGGAUCUGCUGUCGUUUUCCAACGAGCUGGAGGCCCAGGCUGACCUUCUGCCGCGAGGAGCUCUAGAGAAUGCUUUGAAGGGUCAUGCCAGCAGCAUCAGACAGAUUCACAGAGAGCAGGUCGUCCCUAUGGAGCAGGCCAUGAAAUUUGUCCGAGCGCGGAGCUCCCUGAGCCAGAGCAUCCGGCUACUGCAGAGGAUAGCCAAGGAACUACCAGUGAAGGUGACUGACGUCCUUAGUGCCAUCGACGCAGCAGAGUACCUCAUCACACACAACGCAUCACACGUGGUAAAACAGGAGACUGAUGUGUACAUGCGGAGCCUGGUUGGAUACUUCAGACAGUACACUGACUGGGUCAAAAACUCUCUGACAGGGGAGGUGGCUCAGUGCAAGCCCAUCAGUAACAUCAUGGACUCCAUGGAGAUAGUCGCCUGUAGCUUCAUAGUCGACUCAGUGAACAUGUUCUGGUUUGGUCUGAGUGGUUGCUGUGUCUUCCUGAUCCCCAGCAUCAUCCUGUCGGUCAAACUGGCCAAGCACUACAGGAGGAUGGACACAGAGGAUGUGUUUGAAGAGGGCCAAGAGAACUGGUAGAGAGAAAGAGAACAAAACAACAACAACCAAAGAAGACAGAACUGUGCUGAUCUCCGCCCCACAACAACCCCUCACCUGAUUGGACAAGGACCUUAGCUGCCAGCCAAUUACAGUAGCCCAAAUGAUGCCCUGUACGUUCCAUCGCCCAAUCACAACACUAGUUCUGUCUGACAUUACCAUACUUUCUGAACAUUUCACCGGUGUGAACAUGUUGGUGGAUUAUUUCGAUAUACUUUAUUUUAUAUAUUAUUUUAGACAACAGUGUUCUGUUUGUUUCUCCUCAGCUUAACACUGUAACCACUGACUCACAUCAAUGACGUGUACAUUUUAUACGCUUUCAAUACCUUUGAAAGUUUUAUAUUUUUUUUAACAUAAUAUGUUAGCAUGUUAGCAUGUUAGCGGACGCUAGCUACCUUAGCAUGUUAGCAGACACUAGCUACAAAACCUUGUUAGCAUGUUAGCUAGCGGUCGCUAGCUGCUUGUUGAUUGACGGCUGUAACCCAUCGCAUGACGCAGCUGUGUUGUCACGGCUGUGAUGUCAUUCUGUGAUGUCGCAGCUGUGAUGUCAUAUCUGUGAUGUCACGACUGUGAUGUCACGACUGAUGUCACUGCAGGCUCUGAAUCUGUGAAUAAAGAUUUCAGUUCGCUGAGUUAUGCUGU